UAACCCACCAGGUCUAUAAAUAACACAUCUGCAACAUGCUUUGGUGUCAUACAAGCCAAACAACAUGAAGACUCCAAUGACAAGUGCUAUCUUACUUGCAGCCAUUUUAGCCUUUGUUGGACUUAUAGCCAUUAAUGGCGCUCAAGCAAGAAUUUUACCUGAUAGCUUUGGACUCAAAGUAGCAAUAAUAGCAGCUUAUGGAAGGAGUUAUAGCUCACCACCUCCAUCUCCGAUCCCUUCACCAAGUUCCAAGGAACUUACCAGCAAUUACGAGAAGCGUUCGUCUCCGCCACCACAAUCUCCAAAAAUCGAUCCACCAAUCGGUCAAGUAACCACCAGUAAUGGACGGACCACGCCAUCACCUCCACCCCCGAAGCCUGCAUCACCAGAAGGCGAGCUUAAGAUUGGUUCUCCAUGCACUGAUGGGACUCCAUGCAACGAUGGCUACAUUUCGAUGAUAACAAAUUUUGAAAGGCCUUUACCAAGUUCACCUCCACCUCCAGACCCAGCGACUCCUAUAAGUCAUAUAACCUUUGAUCUUGAGCCGAAAGUGCAUGCAAGAUCACCACCAGGGGAAUAUGCAUAUUCAAGUGCUUGAGCUAGCUAGCUAGUUUUCCCUAUUGGAUCAUCUAAUGAUCAAUUAAGGUGCUAGCUAACUAGGUAGGAGUGAUUAGUAUGUGUGCCCACGAGCUAUGCAUGGUACUGAUCUCCAGGUUAAAUCUCCCAUCUCUCUGGAGCAACUCACCUGGUAGUAAGGUUUACAUAGUGUGUUGUUUUAGCUAUCUAGCUUGGCAAAUCUCAUUUCUCCUUCAUCGAUAAGGUUUCUAAUGAGAUCUAGUAGUAAGCUAGGUUAAUUAACGCGUGUAAUAUAUAUUGUGAUGAAUAAUUGGAUGUAAUAUACAGUAAGAGCUAAUAGAAAGCCGAGUGAUUUUUGCUGGAGAA